UGAACCGCGCUGAUGUCGAGUAGUUUGUUAAUGGCGCUUCUAAUAUAGAAUGCCAUUUAAUUUGUUCCGUACUACGAUUUAAAUAUAAAUUAAAAAAUAGUGGAGUAAAGUACAAAAUAUUAUUGUUGAUAAGUAUAGAGCAACUUCGUAAAGAUGUUUCUCACUUCCAGAUCAGUCCGUGCUAUUUAUAAUUGUAAAAAUGUUAGAGGAUUACAAACAUCGGCUAAUCGCGCAUCAGACCAGUUAUUUGUACAUAGAGACAGUGAAGUGGAUAAUCCAAAAAUUCCCUUUGAAUUCAAUGAAGCAAACAAAAAACGUAUAGAAGCUCUGUUAAAAAUGUAUCCUGAAGGACAUAAACGUGGUGCAAUGAUACCACUUUUGGAUUUAGCUCAACGUCAACAUGGAUGGUUACCUAUUUCUGCUAUGCACAAAGUAGCAGAAAUAUUGAAUUUACCACAAAUGAGAGUCUAUGAAGUAGCCACAUUUUAUACAAUGUUUAAUAGAAGGCCAAUGGGAAAGUAUCAUGUGCAAAUUUGUACAUGUACACCAUGUUGGUUGAGAGAUUCUGAUUCUAUUGUAGAUGCUGUAACCAAAGCUACAAAUUGUAAAAUUGGAGAAAUGUCUCAGGAUAAAUUAUUUACAGUUUCUGAAGUAGAAUGUCUUGGUGCUUGUGCUAAUGCACCAAUGUUUCAAGUGAAUGAUGAUUACUAUGAAGACUUAACUCCUGAAAGUGCUACUACUAUAAUAAAUGCAUUGAAAAAGGGAGAAAGACCACCACCGGGUCCUCAAAACUCACCUAGAUUUGCAGCAGAUCCUGCAGGUGGCCUAACAUCAUUGACAUCUCCUCCACCAGGACCUGGAUUUGGUGUUAGAUCUGACCUGUAAUCCCUUUUAUGUAAAUAGUAAAUUGUACAAUUUGCAAAUGAUUUAGUAAUAAUUAUAUAUUUAAAUAGAUCAUAGAAAACUUUAA